UAGUGAUUACAGGUGAGGUUAUAGUGAUUACAGGUUGGGUUAUAGUGAUUACAGGUGAGGUUAUAGUGAUUACAGGUUGGGUUAUAGUGAUUACAGGUUGGGUUAUAGUGAUUACAGGUGAGGUUAUAGUGAUUACAGGUGAGGUUAUAGUGAUUACAGGUGAGGUUAUAGUGAUUACAGGUUGGGUUAUAGUGAUUACAGGUGAGGUUAUAGUGAUUACAGGUUGGGUUAUAGUGAUUACAGGUGAGGUUAUAGUGAUUACAGGUGAGGUUAUAUUGGAUACUAUGUAUAUGUAUAUGUAUACCUGUACUGGUGCAGCAGAGCUCCCAGGGCCCUCUGUAAGUGUUAUUGUGUUGAUCCUGGUGCAGCAGAGCUCCCAGGGCCCUCUGUAAGUGUUAUUGUGUUGAUCCUGGUGCAGCAGAGCUCCCAGGGCCCUCUGUAAGUGUUAUUGUGUUGAUCCUGGUGCAGCAGAGCUCCCAGGGUCCUCUGUAAGUGUUAUUGUGUUGAUCCUGGUGCAGCAGAGCUCCCAGGGCCCUCUGUAAGUGUUAUUGUGUUGAUCCUGGUGCAGCAGAGCUCCCAGGGCCCUCUGUAAGUGUUAUUGUGUUGAUCCUGGUGCAGCAGAGCUCCCAGGGCCCUCUGUAAGUGUUAUUGUGUUGAUCCUGGUGCAGCAGAGCUCCCAGGGCCCUCUGUAAGUGUUAUUGUGUUGAUCCUGGUGCAGCAGAGCUCCCAGGGCCCUCUGUAAGUGUUAUUGUGUUGAUCCUGGUGCAGCAGAGCUCCCAGGGCCCUCUGUAAGUGUUAUUGUGUUGAUCCUGGUGCAGCAGAGCUCCCAGGGCCCUCUGUAAGUGUUAUUGUGUUGAUCCUGGUGCAGCAGAGCUCCCAGGGUCCUCUGUAAGUGUUAUUGUGUUAAUCCUGGUGCAGCAGAGCUCCCAGGGCCCUCUGUAAGUGUUAUUGUGUUGAUCCUGGUGCAGCAGAGCUCCCAGGGCCCUCUGUAAGGUCUGCCAGAGCUGAUGGUGAAGAUAGUGAUGAUUCUAUGACAGAUCACAACACAACUGACGACGCGUCACAUCUCCUACCAAACAGUAUACCAUCAAACCCAUACCAUCUACCGAGAGUAGAGCUUUCCAGCGGGGUCCCUGUGUCGUCCAGUCCGAAAACUUCCCCCAAGACCCUGAUCAACGGAGCCUCCCCCUCCCCCGUCUGUACCCCUCCAUCUGCCUCUCUUAACCAGAGAGGAUGGAGCCCUCCUCAGUCCCCUCAGUCCCCAGCCUGUGACAGACACCAUGGGCACCCUAUUAAAAAACAACACCUGCCUUCCACCACAAGGAGCCAGAACUCAUUGAAAGCUGACGCCACUCAGAUAAAGGAAAUAGCUGGAGAUGACUGCUGUGUACACUGUGUCCUGGCCUGUCUGUUCUGUGAUGUGCUGUCCCUGUGCUCGGUGCUGGCCCAGUGUCUGGCGUGCGGAGAGGGCUGUGAGGUGCUGUGUUGCUGUGGUCCUGGGCUACUAAGACGAAGAAUGGAGGAAGAGGAAGAAGAAGAAUGGAGGAAGAAGAAGAAAAUUGAAACAUUUGACAGAAAGACAGGUGAAGUGGCUCUGUGUUCGGCCUCCUAA